ACAAGUUCGGCGUUUCAGUGCGGGAUGAGUUUGUUGCAGCAUCAUCACACUAACGACAACUCAAUUCUCAUAUCUGCUUACCAGGUUUCCUUUGUCCAUUGUGUUGCCCAGUUCCUCACAAGUAUUAAGGGAAAGUUCUGCACAAAAUCCUCCGCCAACAAGACCAUAUGGUCACUUUUCCAUUUUUCUUUUUUUGACAAAAUACUGACGUCCAAAAACGAGGAGCUGAUUAGUGUCCACAUUUUACAUCAGGACUGUAUGUCCCAAAUCGACGAGUGGCUCGAGUUGUUGAAAAACCAAGAGGAUGAGUAAAGAAUUCCUCCAUUGAAGCUUUUCUUUAUUGUUGAACUCGUAGAAGAAGAAGAAGAAAACUGAGAGUUUUUGAGUAUCUGAAAAUGGGUCUGAAACCAUUAGAUUAUGAGUCUAUAAAUGAGAACAUGAAGAAGGUAGAGUAUGCAGUUAGAGGAGAAUUGUAUCUUCGAGCAUCCGAGCUUCAGAAAGAAGGAAAAAAGAUUAUCUUUACAAAUGUUGGGAAUCCUCACGCUCUUGGCCAAAAGCCUUUGACCUUUCCUCGUCAGGUGAUUGCUCUUUGCCAAGCGCCAUUUCUUCUAGACGAUCCCAAUGUAGGACAAUUAUUCCCUCCUGAUGCAAUUGUCAGGGCCAAACAUUAUCUUUCAAUGAUUGGGGGUGGUUUAGGUGCUUACAGUGAUUCCCGAGGAAAUCCAGGAGUAAGGAAGGAGGUGGCAGAGUUCAUAGAAAGGCGUGAUGGCUAUCCGAGUGAUCCAGAACUGAUAUAUCUCACAGAUGGGGCCAGCAAAGGUGUGAUGCAAAUACUGAAUACUAUAAUCCGUGGUGAAGGUGAUGGGAUUCUUGUUCCAGUCCCUCAGUAUCCACUUUACUCUGCAACAAUUGCUCUGUUUGGUGGUUCCUUGGUUCCAUAUUAUUUAGAUGAGAGCUCCAACUGGGGUCUUGAUGUCAAUGACCUUCGUCAGUCAGUUGCACGAGCUCGCUCUCAGGGAAUCACGGUCAGAGUAAUGGUAAUCAUAAACCCCGGUAACCCAACUGGUCAAUGCCUUAGUGAAGCAAAUUUAAGAGAAAUAUUGAACUUCUGUUUUCAAGAAAAUCUAGCAUUACUUGGUGAUGAAGUUUAUCAGCAAAACAUCUAUCAGGAUGAAAGACCUUUCAUUAGUUCUAAAAAGGUAUUAAUGGAUAUGGGGCCUCCCAUCAGCAAGGAACUUCAGCUCAUAUCAUUCCACACUGUGUCAAAGGGAUAUUGGGGAGAGUGUGGACAACGUGGUGGAUACUUUGAGAUGACAAACAUUCCUCCUCAGACAGUGGAUGAGAUAUACAAGAUUGCAUCAAUAUCUCUCAGUCCAAAUGUUCCUGCACAAGUGUUUAUGGGACUCAUGGUCAAUCCCCCCAAACCUGGUGAUGUAUCCUAUGAGCAAUAUCAUCGUGAAAGCAAAGGGAUCCUUGAAUCACUUAGGAGAAGGGCAAGGAUUAUGACAGAUGGUUUUAACAGCUGCAAAAAUGUAGUCUGCAACUUCACUGAAGGUGCCAUGUAUUCAUUCCCUCAAAUCCAGUUGCCUCCUAAAGCAAUAGAGACGGCAAAAAGAGCAGGAAAAGAAGCUGACGUCUUCUACUGUCUUAAGCUUUUGGAAGCCACUGGAAUCUCCACCGUCCCAGGCUCGGGAUUUGGACAGAAAGAAGGGGUCUUCCAUUUGCGAACAACCAUAUUACCGCCAGAGGAGGAGAUGCCAGGGAUCAUGGCUAGUUUUAGAAAGUUCAAUGAUGAGUUCAUGGAACAAUAUGCAUAGAGGAACAUCGUCAGCAACUGUUUUUGCAAACCUAUAUCCCGUGGUUUCCUUUCAAUAAAAUUUGCUCAUCUAUGUAAUUUAACUACUCUGUUGGUGUGAGCCAACGAUAACUUUUCUAGAAUGUAGUCUAGGAACAAAAGUAACAUUUGAGUACUACGGGGGUUCACGAAAUAAAGGGAGUGUCAAAUAAUUAGUAAA